GCAAAACUACAGCACCCUCUUGCAAAAUCUGAAAAACGAAUAUAAUAGAUCGCCAAGAGCCCUAAAUCAUAGCGGCGCAAAUACUUUCUGCAAAACCCUAGAUUUCGAUUUCAUUUGAGUUCAAUCUCUCCACAGAAACAGUAACAAUGUCAGUCGGAGAGCUCGCUUGCACCUACGCCGCUUUGAUUCUUCACGACGAUGGAAUCCCCAUCACGGCGGAGAAAAUCUCUACCCUGUUGAAGGCUGCAAAUUUGUCGGUUGAAUCGUACUGGCCUAGUCUUUUCGCUAAGCUUUGCGAGAAGAGGAAUGUUGAGGAUCUUAUCGUGAACGUCGGCGCUGGUGGUGGCGGUGGCGCCGUCGCAGUCGCUGCUCCAGCCGGCGCUGCCGGUGGUGCCGCUGCCGCAGCUGCCCCUGCUGCAGAGGAGAAGAAAAAGGAGGAGGAAAAGGAGGAAAGUGACGACGACAUGGGCUUCGGCUUGUUUGAUUAAGACGAGUUAGUUUGAAUGUCCAUUUUGUUCUACAUUUGCAUACUAGGAGAUGUCGUCCCUAAUUUGAACCUUUAUUAGUAGUUUACAUCUUUCUUUAAUGCAGUGUUACAACUGAUUUUGGAGUAUUAUGAAGGGUUGAGUUCAUUUUUCUCUUUUA